UAGCACUCUCAGCAGAUAAGCACGUCUAAUCCAAACAGCUUUCUCAUUGGAUACCAACUAAAUAGAAAACUAACACCAGCCAAUCCCACAUGGUUUUAUUUACGGCGAGGAUCAGGAAGAGACAUGGCGGAGUUCGUUUAUUUGUCUAAGGAAGUUUUGACGGGUUUGGACAACUAUAAGUACAGUGCUGUUGAUACUAGUCCAGUGAGCAAGUACAUUUGUCACCCAUUCUGGAAUCAGAUUGUAAAGCUCUGCCCAUUAUGGAUAGCCCCAAAUGUGCUAACACUGACAGGAUUUCUGUUGCUGCUGGUUAAUUUUAUAAUAUUAACAUAUUACGACAUGGAUUUCUACGCUUCAAGUCGAGAUCACCCUGAAUACUUAACUAUUCCCAACUGGGUAUGGCUUGUGGGAGCUCUGAACAACUUCUUAUCACAUAGUCUUGAUGGGAUAGAUGGUAAACAAGCCAGAAGAACCAAGUCAAGCUCUCCUCUGGGUGAACUGUUUGACCAUGGUCUCGACAGCUGGGCGACGUUUUUCCUGCCUGUCGCAGUUUACAGUAUAUUCGGACGCGGGGAACUCGGAGUGGACAUUUUCCGAGCGUAUCUGAUUGUCGUUGGCAUCAUGAUUUGUUUCAUCAUCUCACACUGGGAGAAAUAUAACACCGGAAUUCUCUUCUUACCGUGGGGAUAUGAUAUUGGUCAAAUAGGAAUGUCAGCAAUAUAUUUUGUAACCUUUCUCGGUGGCUAUGAUAUGUGGAAAUUUACAUUGCCAGUUGUAAACUUAUCAGCAGCUGCAUUAUUUGAAUUAAUGUGUCACGUUGGAUUCUUUGGUCUUACAUUUCCAUUCACCUUUUACAAUGUAUAUAGAGCUUACAGUGAUAAGACUGGCAAGAUGAGGCCGUUUUCUGAAGCCAUGAGGCCUCUGGUUUCCACCAUUCUACUGUUUACUUUGCUCUUCGUGUGGGUCUUCAUGUCGUCGUACAAUAUACUGGAAAAGCAGCCUAGAUUAGUCUUCUGGACAACAGGCACUGCCUUUUCAAAUAUUGCUUGCAAAUUAAUAAUUGCCCAGAUGAGCAACACACGUUGUGAGCUACUUAACAGCAAACUGUUGCCACUGUUCACCAUCGUGUGCAUGGUUUGUUUCCUCAACCUCGGAUACAUCGAGUACUACUUGUUGUGGUCCUACUGCAUAUUCAUCACCAUUACCCACGUCAUAUUUGGAGUGUGUGUCGUUAGAGAGCUGUGUGACCAUUUUAAGAUCCGUGCCUUUUCAAUCCCAGCCGUGAGUGAAGACUGAAGUUGUCCGUGAUAAUAGCUUGCAGAUGUUAUUUAUUUAUUUUUGCCUUGUGUAUUAACCUUGUGCGGCAGUGCUAGAUAUUCAUCAGCAUUUUACAGUUUUAGUUUUAUAUCAUAUAUUUGAAUAUACAGGUUUUGUUUCUAAGACUGGUUCUGUAAUGAGAUUUUAUUUUCCAUCAGUCUAAUUUGUUUAUCACUAUUUAUGUGUACACGAAUGUCAAGUCAGGUUUUAGGUUUUUUUACACACCCAUGUAAGACUAAGAGAUUACCCAUUGGAGAUAAUGUCUGAGACUUGUGACUCGUUGCUCCAUGGUGAUGACCUGGUCACUAGAGCCAUACCAUCCAAUAAAAUAACGACGUCCGAAAUUGAUUGUUCUGUGACAUUAUCCUGAAACUGAUGACUGUGUGAUGCACACGUUAACUGCCAUGUGAGUGCCAUAAAUACAUUUUAGAUAGGAAAAGACAUUUAACAUAUAUUUUAUACCUGGUUUUUAAGGAUAUGUAAGAAACAGAAUACUACUAUCGUAUCCGUUAAAUACCAUUUAUCUUACAUGGCAUUGUUAUAUAUCCAACUCACUUUCAUUUAUUAGAUACGUUUUUUUAAAACAAUUCUUGAGAUAAAUGGUAUCAUGCAGUAUUCUCAAUGUCCUAUUCACCUUUUCUUUUCAACAUUACCUGUCCUCAAACUCCAUUUAUCAAGUUUGUACUAACUUAGAUAGUUGCAGAAUUACGAUUGAAACUUAAAAAUAAAUAUUUCACUUGACAUUGUUUUUAAUCCUACUACAUUGGCUGUUUGACAAUUUUCACUAGUCAUUAACAAUCUGAUGUAUAUUUAUUUCACAUCAUCAUCCCUCAUACGAACUUGCAACAUUCCAAGCAAUUUGUUGGUUUGCGUUGUUUGGCAAGUGAUAAUGUGGAAAUUCACUGGUUUUAUUAUGAUAUAUCAGUUUUAUGAUACCAAAGAAUAAUGAAUGCUAGGUGAUAUUCACCAGUUCACUAAAGAUUACAGUAUUCAGUAUUGAAAGGAUACACUAAUGUAAAGUAUGUUACAGGGUCAUCACGAUGUCAUCUGGGUUCAGAAAGUCAUUUGUUAGCAGGGUGAAUAAAUCAUUAGUAAAUUUCCCAUGGGUAAUUCUUCUGCCGCAGUGUAAUAAAGAGUGGUAAAAUGUGGUGUUAUGAUAUCAUGAAGUCAAAGAACAAGAACUCUGCUGGAGCUACAACUAUAGUUUACAUAGUUUUAGUCUUUUGAUGAUGCCAUCAACAUUUUGCUCCCCUCAUUUUUCAUUAUAAACUAGUCAAAAUUGUCCCUUUAAAUUAAAUACCUUCUGUCUGAUGUCCAGCCACUGCCAUUACUGUAAUCAAUUUAAGCACACUGGGUUUGAGGAAAGCGGGAGAACGGGGGACAAUAUUUCAAACUUGCAAUCAAAACCGCAGGGAAAACAUUUUUUUCAGGGAGCCCAGAGAUCUCCGGAUGUUAUUGAUUAGCUUUUGCAAGAAUAAUUUUAUAAGUAUAUCUGGGUCCAAACGCAUCGUUAUUCUCAUUUGGAAAUACAUUCCCCAUCCAUUACUGUUAAUUUCCUACUGCAUGAUUCAGUACUGCUUUUGGAUAAAAGUGUUCAUCUUUCUAAACAAGUUGAUUUGCACACACGCAUAUUUAAUUGAUCUGUGAUAGAGAAUUACACAUGUAUUAGAUAAUGUGCUAAUUAUUACCUGGAAUUUAUUCUCAGUAUUACGUUGUUUGGUUAAGCACUUGUAAUGUCUCUGAAUAUUGCCUAAUAUAACAAUGAAAUAUUUGCCUCUAGAUUUUUACUGAAUAUUUAUUUAUUUAUUGUUACGGAAAAUUAUUUGUGUAAUAGAAACACUAUCAUUAGACGUAUGCAUGUAUGUACCUUAUGUUAUUACUUGGCAAAUUGUUUUUAAAGGUUUUGGAGCUCAGUAGUUAUGAGUAUGUCAUUGAAUUUCUCACCCCCCUCCAUUAAAUCCAUUUAAUAUAUUAAAUCAUUGCAUGAAAAUGUUUAUAAACAGAUAUGAAAAUUCUCUGGGUUUUUCAGACAUUCCAGAUUUAGCACCACCCAAAAGUUGUUCUUGCCCUUGUUCUUUGCUAUGGUACUUUUUAUCUAUAUAUUAUAAAUGUUGGGGCAUUUCAGGGAACUUAUUUUAACACAAGCCUAAAGCAAAUGCUACAUUGUAUUUAAUACACAAAAGAUUUUUUUAUUUUUUAUAAUGAUAAUUAUAGUAGUUAAAGUACAUCAACAAUCUGCUUUGAAGCAAACUUCAUUCGUACAUUAGGCAAUUCCUGAACAAUGUGUUUUUCUUAGGGAACCACAUGCUUUGUUUGUGACACAACUCCCAAGUGGUAGAUGGCGAUGCCAAAUGUAAUAGUUUACCUUGUAUGGUGUGCAAUGACAAUGUGAUUUUUUUAUGUAUGAUCUCUACUUAAAUUGUAUGAAUAGCUAUGUAUGUAUAUAAGAUUUAACAUUUAUAAACAGAUCAAAACGUGAAGCUUUUAGAAGUGAGAGUUAGUGAAAUAUUCAUACUAUAAAGAGCAGAAAUGACAACUGUUUUGUAGUAUCUGUUAUAAUUAGGUUAAAAUAAAUCAUAUUUACAUACUUGCUUCUUUGCCGUUAUUUAAUCCUGCGAUUUCUUCAAAAUGCCUGUAAUGUCAUAACUGACUGUUUGCCAUCAAACAGACAACAACAUUGGUCCUUUCACGAUAAUCCACUAUUUUGACCUGGUUGAAAUAAAUGGUAGCCAUUACACACCUGCAAAAUUUCCCUCAUUUCCUUUGUCCAGGACCACUGUGAAAGUUGUAAUUUUAAUUAUUCUCAUUGAAAACCACCUUGAGAUAUCUUCAUUAGUAGAUGUUACAUGAGCCAAUGCUGUUUAGUAUUCAUAAUGAUUUCAUUUCAGUUUAAUUUCAAUUCAGUUUACUUGUGUGCUUAUAGCCAAUUAAAGUUAAAGUAUGCUGUCUUGGAGACACACCUCAACUAUCAAGGCAGCCUGUUCAUGACGGGGAAUAAAUGGUUAGUUAAUGUGAACCCAGUAUCUACCAGCCUUAAAUACCAGAGGCCUAUUAAAAAAAAAAAAGAUUUAUCCCAGGUAUGUUUUGAUUGGUCAUAUGAAAGAUUAUUUGAACACAGUAACAUUGACUCUGUUCAGAUCCUACUAAUGAGAACACUGUGAAACAAGAGUGACAUCUAAUUCCAGUCACUGUGAUCAUAUAACGCAUGACAAAACAGGUAUUUAUUAAUGUUAUAAUUUUCAAGAUGUUUGAAGCAGGAUACAAAUGAAAAGUUCAGGUGUAAAAACCGAUAAAUGCCAUUUUGUCCCAAAACAGACUCCUGCUAUCAUUACUUAGUUCAAGGCAUUAUGUUCUGAUUUUCAUAAUCUUUUUUUUUUUAAUUCUGUCCUUUAUUUACUUCAACUGAAGAUCACCCAUUGUGGACUUGAUAUGUUUUGCAUAGAAAGCAUAACAAAAACAACUUUUGCAGAAAAUUACUAAAUAGAUUUAUCGGUUUUUGCAUCUGAACUCUUCAAAAUGAAAUGAAACAAAGGGUAUAAUUUAUGGGGAGAAAAAAGUGUUCGUUUUUUUUUUUUUUUUUUUUUUU